AUGCUAAAGACAGAGGCUGAAAACGAUGUUAAACAGCAAGAUCAAGAGACUCAAAAUGAACAAGUUGGAGUCUGGCAUAACCCCAUUGAAUCACAUGAUAAUGGUAUGACGAUAGAGGAUUUGGUUGAGGGAAACACUAAUGCUGAAGUUGCAUCUCAGGGCAAUCAGGUUUGUGUGAGGUAUCAUGGUGAGUUGAUGAAUGGUGAUAUUGUUGACCCUACUGAUGGUGAAGAUGACACCUAUACAUUCAGGCUUGGUGCUGGUGAAGUCAUUCGUGGAUGGGAUAUUGGCAUUUUAGGUUACCGUCUUUACUCCUGA